CCUUCUUUUCCUAUAUAUAAUAGGCCUUUUGAGAGGGUUUCAUUCAAACAGCUCUCUCUUCUCUUUUCUCACUUCCCUUAGUCAUUUCAGCUUCCUCAAAAGAAAAUCCUUGCCCUCGAAAAUCAAGAUAAGCCCGAAUAUUAAUUCUGCUAGCUAGCUAGCAUCCAUGGGUAUAGAGAUUGAGCAGCAGCAGCAGCCUUCUGUUGGGCUAUCAAAAAUAGCUGUUUCUAAUACUCAUGGAGAAGACUCUCCAUACUUUGCAGGCUGGAAAGCAUAUGACGAAAACCCUUACGAUGAAUCAAGCAACCCAUCAGGAGUCAUACAGAUGGGACUGGCUGAGAAUCAAGUUUCAUUCGAGUUGGAAAAAUACUUGGAAGAGCAUUCAGAAGCCUCCAACUGGGGAGCAAAGGCAUCAAAAGGAGUGUCUGGCUUUAGAGAAAAUGCCUUGUUUCAAGAUUACCAUGGUCUUUUGUCUUUCAGAAAGGCAAUGGCAAGUUUCAUGGAACAAAUAAGAGGAGGAAGGGCCAAAUUUGACCCUGAUAGAAUAGUCCUAACUGCAGGGGCAACUGCAGCCAAUGAGCUAUUAACUUUCAUUAUAGCUGAUCCUGGUGAUGCUUUGCUUGUUCCAACCCCAUACUAUCCAGGAUUUGAUAGAGAUUUGAGGUGGAGGACUGGUGUGAAUAUUGUGCCAAUCCACUGUGGCAGCUCAAACAAUUUCCAAAUCACUCCUCAAGCUUUGGAUGCUGCAUACAAAGAGGCAGAAGCCAAGAACAUGAGAGUGAGAGGUGUACUCAUCACAAAUCCUUCCAACCCUUUAGGUGCAACAGUCCAAAGGGCAGUCCUUGAAGAGAUUCUUGAUUUUGUCACCCGGGAAAACAUCCAUCUUGUCUCUGAUGAAAUUUACUCGGGCUCUGCCUUCUCAUCCACCGAGUUCAUAAGCAUUGCAGAGAUUCUUGAAGACAGGCAGUACAAGGAUGCAGAAAGAGUCCACAUAGUUUAUAGCCUCUCUAAAGACCUAGGCCUUCCGGGUUUUCGUAUUGGCACCGUGUACUCUUACAACGACAGGGUUGUGACAACAGCAAGAAGGAUGUCUAGCUUCACCCUGAUAUCUUCUCAGACACAACAUCUCUUGGCUUCCAUGUUGUCUGAGAAGGAAUUCACUGAAAAUUACAUAAAGACAAAAGAGAGACUGAGGAAGAGAUACGACAUGAUAAUCGAGGGUUUGAAGAAAUCGGGGAUUGAGUGUUUGACAGGCAAUGCCGGGUUGUUUUGCUGGAUGAAUUUAAGUCCACUUUUGGAGAAACCAACAAGAGAAGGUGAAUUGGCUCUUUGGGACUCUAUGCUGUAUGAAGUGAAGUUAAAUAUAUCUCCUGGUUCUUCAUGCCACUGCUCUGAACCAGGCUGGUUUAGGGUUUGUUUUGCAAACAUGAGUGAGCAGACACUUGAAGUUGCUCUUAAGAGAAUACAUAAUUUUAUGGAACAAAGAGAGAGAAGCAGGAAUUAAUCUAGUUUUCUCUCUUUAAUGUUCCUUUUAGGUUUUUGAAUGGUUCUCCCAUUUUGAUUCUAAAGAGUACAAAAUCUAGUUCAUCAGGAACUGGAAUUUUGUCUCAUUACAUACACAUACUGUAGAUCAUAUUGGAUGAAACAACAUCCUUGUUUUCUUGCUUGGAAAAGCAAGUUUCACAGAAAAUCAAGUUGUAAAAGUAAUA